UUACUAAAGUUGUAAACAGUUAAAAUAUCACAGCCAAGAAGGUCCAUUUCAGGACCCCUUCUAUGUGGUGUAGUGAAGAAGAUAAAGCUGGUCACCUUGUAAUGGAAGAAAAUGGAGCUGACCAUGACAUUGCUAUGGAAGGAUCUAAUGAUUUGUUCAUAGGCAACUGUAAUGGUACAGGAGAGUCAGAAACAAAGGAUCAGGUUUUUCAGCAUUUAACCUGCAUGGAUUCCAGGGAUCCAUUGUUUGGACAGAGUGACUCUCCUCCAGUCUUACCCAUCACAGUACACCUCUUGGGCUCUCCAUCAUCAGCUGUGCCUGCCCUGCCACCCCAGCCUCACUCCACAGAGGACUCCCACCUGGUGGACCAAACGGGGCAGCCUCUCUAUGAGCUGCAGCCCCUCGGAGGGCCCACUGCACCGAUGAUGAUUGUUGCCAGCCAGUCAGAAAAUGGACAGGUGCUGCAUGUCAUCCCUACUACCCAGCCAGGAAUGGCCCAAGUGAUUAUUCCUCAAGGCCAACUUUUGGAUGUGACCAGCACGCAGGAUGUUUCAGAGGAGAAGUGUGGUGAUGGGAACUUGCAGACUGUAGUGGUGGCCGCUAUAGCAGACAGUGGAAGCAGUUACAUUCUACAUCCACAGGCAUCUCUCACUGUAUCAAAAAAAACAACCACCAGGGUAGUGGAAGAUCCCUUUCCCAUCCCUCUCCAGCUGUUGCCACCAAAUACACCUGCAUGGGCACACCGUCUCAGGAGCUGUGAGAAAAUUGGGGACUCAUACCGCGGCUAUUGUGUGAGCGAGACAGAAUUAGAGAGUGUUCUAACACUACACAAGCAGCAAACACAAAGUGUGUGGGGGACGCGCCAGUCUCCAAGCCCAGCCAAACCCGCCACACGGUUGAUGUGGAAAUCUCAGUAUGUCCCAUAUGAUGGGAUCCCCUUUGUCAAUGCAGGAAGCAGAGCCAUUGUAAUGGAGUGCCAAUAUGGGCCAAGGAGGAAAGGGUUCCAGCCCAAAAAAGCUGGUGAGCAGGAAGGCACCUCUUGCCAUCUGUACAAAGCCACUUGUCCAGCAAGGAUCUAUAUUAAAAAGGUUCAGAAGUUUCCGGAAUACAGGGUUUCUACUGACCCUAAAAUUGACAAGAAAAUCAUAAGAAUGGAGCAGGAGAAAGCAUUCAACAUGCUGAAGAAGAACUUGAUAGAUGCUGGUGGUGUCCUCAGGUGGUAUGUACAGUUACCCACUCAGCAAGCCCACCAAUAUCAUGAAAUGGAAACAUCCUGCCUCCCUUCUUCACCCUCCCAAUUUUCUGUGCCUUCUCCUGAGGAGGAGGAGGAAGUUCUUGGAGAUGAGAACUGUAUUCUGCCUUCCCGACUUCAUCCUCAAGUAGCAGACAAGAUCCGAGAACUGGUGUCUCAGGGAAUAGAGCAGGUCUAUGCAGUGAGGAAGCAACUGAGAAAGUAUGUGGAAAGAGAAUUAUUCAAGCCUGAUGAAGUGCCAGAAAGACAUAACCUGUCCUUCUUCCCCACUGUGAAUGACAUCAAGAACCACAUUCAUGAAGUGCAGAAGUCCCUCAGGAACGGCGAGAUGGUGUAUAAUUCAGAAAGUAUCCCAGCAACACUGCAGUGGACCACAGACAGUGGGAAUGUUCUCACAGAAACAGUGACUGUUACAUUUGCCUCUCCACCUUCAGAUGGGAGCUCAGAAGGGGAGUCACUUGUCACCAAAGCAGAAGCCAGCCAGAGUGGGGAGUCCUUGCUACCAGGAACAGCUCAGCUAUUAUCUUCCCUCUCUUCACUUCAGCCCAAGAUAUUUGCACAACUUCAGGGAUUACAGCUGCAGUCAACUUUUACCUCCACAAAUGGAUCAACAGCCCUGAUAGCUGUAAAUAACCAUUCCUCUCCCAGCCCUGCAAGUCUCCUAGAUUCCACAGGGAGUGCAGUAACCAACCAUCCUCUAUUACUUAGUCAGGGACACAGUCUGCAAGCAGGUGCUGGCCUAACACAGCAUAGCACUACUACCUCUGCUUUUGGGACUCCACCUGGCCCCGAUCAGAAUCUGGUCACCAUGAGCCAGUUGGUAGCAGUUGGAGGGGUGGAUGACUCCAGAAGCCUAGGAGGAGGAGUCCAUCAGAUUCUCUUGGGAGAUGUACAGACUAUUCCAGUACGGAUUGUGGACAGCCAUCCAGCACUUGCUGAAGAAAAUGCAGAGGGAGUUAUCUGUGUGAGCCAAGUUAAACAAGAGCCAAGAGAAAAAGUAUUGUCUGUGGAGCCAGAUAAAAUCAGAGGCUGCCGUAGUUCCUCACCUGUUUAAAUCUGUGAAGGCUGGAAGGAUUUUUCAAAUCGGAGAACUCCACAUGGAAGGUGCUCUCAAAGUAAUGCCAUUCUUUUUAAAUUGUACUGGGACAUUCAGACUAGGCAUAUUUUUACAGUAGUUCUGACAGCUCUUUUGAUUUAUGACUGAUGUGGCUCACUGCCAAUGCCAGGUCAUUCAGUUGCCCUGUGGAACAGCACCUCUCACUUCUGUUUCAAGCUUUUGAGUAAUUGGAUGUUAUCCAAAUGGCCCAUUUUGGUCAACAUUUCUGAAGGUCUUCCACAGUUUAAUUCCUUAGUUUUAGAAUAUGGAUCACAGUACUGGGUUUACUUUUCUCCUUGAGACUUUCGACUCUUACGGCUCUACAGAGACCAUCAAUUCUGCCAGCUCCAAGACCACAGAAUCCAACAGCACGGUGCAUCUAUACAGCAGUGGUUUUGUGACAAAAUGAAGGUCCAAGAUGCUAAAUUUCAAACUGAUGAAGGACAUAGAUGCUUAAGCAAAUGCAACUUUGACCUGAUCAUAAUGUUAAUGGUGUGAAGAUCAAGGAGAGGAGAAAGUAAUGGUCUGUGUUGUGGUUAUGGGGGCCCAUGGGGAGAAAUGCAAGAGCUACGUCAGGGCAGUGGUUUCUGGGAAUGAAGGAGAACAAAUAGAACAACACCAGGGAGACCAGGCAGAAGAAGUUCCUGAAGGUGUGUGAAAAGCAAGGGUUCUGUGGGGAAGGGCUGGAGUGGGCUGUGCUCUGGGGGUUCUGGGGCCCUGGAGGGCGGUUGUGAGCACAUCGCAAAGGCUCAGUGCAGCUAGCUCCUCAGGCUAUGCCAGUGGUGCAUAGGGUGAGUUUGUGGUAGGAAUGUAAAGGAAUGGAAGAGUCCUGCCCAAAAACCCACAAAGCAGCUUGAGUUUUGGUGAGUGCCAGAGGCAGGUAAAUGAUUUCCCAUAGUCUGAGAUGCCCAUUCUUAUCUUGUAAUAUGAAGAAAAAAAUACCUCUUGGAGCUUCAACCCCGCAGCAUAGAUUCUUUUCCUUUACACAUUAGUACAGAAAAUACACCUUUUCUUCCCAACUGAAUUAGCUUGCUGCUGUCAUCCCUCUGGCUGCAGCUCUACCUACCUCAAGCAUGGACCACCCAGGUCUCUUUUCCUUCACACUUCCACCCAAGCCCUAUGUCCUCAGGCCCUCUGGUUCUCCGUGUUUCACUGUUGCACUGUUGGAGCUGCUGGUGAGUUCACAAGUAAAUAGUAGUGACAUUUGCUCAGUUUUUCUUCCUGUCUCCCCAGGAUCCUAAGUGCAUAUGUUCCUUUUAAUUGGAUUAAGUAUUUUCCUUGCUUUUGGGCUUAUCUUCUUUACCUGGAUGAAUAUCAGGCAGCCACAUUUCACAGGACACUCUUCGCAUUCACAGUAACUGAAAAAAAAAUGAGAAAACAAUGAGAAAAUUGCAGUUGCUGACAGGUCUUAAGACUUUGUCUUGAGAAACUGGCCUCUUGCCUUUCACAUUUGAGCGUCUGAUUCUGGCUGUGGAUUGUAGCUGGCUGUUGACUUGUCUGUUGGCAAACUCACAAUUUGCUGUCUUAAUCCUGUUCGAACAGGUAUGUUCUCAGAAGAUUAGGCAGGAAUAAUCUGUUCUAUUAGGGAUAGAAAGUGUGAUGCAGCUGAGGAUGGUGCUGUGAAAAGUUACUGCUCUUUGUGGAUCUGUGGUGAGAAAAUUCUCCUUGAACUGCCCUUCCUUUCUGAAAAAAGCUUUCACAGGCAUCAGCUUCAGAGCCUAUCCCAUCAGUAAUGAUCAUCUUCUCCUAGCAACAGUGCACUUCAUUAAUGAUGAAACAAGCAUUGUGUAAAACAGGCUGUGUUGAUAUUUUUUUUUUAGGUCAGAAGCUACCCAGCAAGUCUCUCCAACAAGCAACACCUAAGCUGUUCUCUCUGCUUGCCCCCUCAAGAAGUUGUACAAGCCUUCAAGGGACAUGGAGAUCAUGAACAAGAACAGGAAUCAUUCCAAACUGUCUUCCGAAACCACCAUGUUCAGAGUCUGAAAGAUGACACUCGAGUUUUCUGAAGUGUGCAGGUGCUUCCUCCUUGGCUUCUACUUUUAGCUCUUAGUUCACUCUGUGUUGGAUGUUUUCUUAGGAUCCCUUACCUCUGAGGGUACUCCAGGUAACUGGCAAGAAACCAGAGCCAAGAACAGAAGAGGAAGUGACGUUGUGAAAAGCUGUUUGCAGGAGAUAGAAAGCUCUCAGAGUUUACAGCUCAAGAUUGCAGAGUUUGUUUCUGGCUGAAGUGGUUCACUUUAAAUGGUAAACAUUUUUUUAAUAUAAAACUUUUUAUUGUUGAUUUUGAUGCUAUUUGUGCUCUGAGCUCAAUUCUAAUAAAAGCUAGAAUGCUGAUUGCAUGUAUUUGCUUCUAUCUUCAGUGCACUAGUUAUCUUCUGAAUGCAAACUGGUGUAAUAUCUCCAUGUUCUUGGCUGUUGUUAAACCCGUUAUCACAUCUGAGGCGUUUUGUACAUGGAAGGAUAUGGAGAAAGUGGGAACCUUUGUGACCUUCUUGCUUCUGUUGAGAACAGAUGAUCUGUGGAAAGAGGGCUUUGCUGGUUUUAAAUCAAUGUUUUCACAGUAAUUCAGUGGGUCCAUAGGUUUUUCAUGUCGGGUUCUAGUGCAUGUCUAACUUUCAACAUAAUACAAGCUAUAAAGUUACCUCUCCCUGGCCUCCCCAUUUGUUCUUUUUAAUUUUGGAGUGGGGGAAUUGUUUGAACAUGUUCUCAUCUACCACUUUUCUGCCUUUCUCCCAUUGUCUUUUCCAUGCAGAGUGGCACAGAAACAAAAAUUUCUCCUUAAAACACUGUUCUGUCAUCCUGUUUCCCAUGUUUGGAGAUAAAUUUCCUCUCGGCUUUAUUGUACUGGAGGUUGGUUCCUUGCAUGACUGAAAUAUAAGAUGCUGUUAUGUUUUCUUGGGGAGGGACAUACUGGGGUGAGCUCCCCUGCCCACUUUGCUCCAGAUGUUCUUGCAGAAAGCACCUGCCACACAUUCUGCUCCUGUAUCUGUGUCCCAACACAGGCCAGCACAACUACAGAGCUGUGGUGAUGGUAGCAGUGUCUUGCACUGUGUGUACCAUCAGAUCACCAGUACAAGCAACUGCCCUUCACCCCCUCAUAUUGUUUUGAAUCUAUAUUGGUGUGUGGGUCUGGCCCAUUGUGCACCCCACAAACGACUGCUUGGGUACAACUUGAAGGGAAGCACAGGAGAGGGUCAGGAAGUUCUUCAUCUCCAGCUUUUGUGUAAUGCUUCUGUUUUGGUUGUGGGUGGCCCUGUGCAGGACACAGCUGGGUUCCAGUCAGCUCUGCAAUGGUCGCACUGCCAGACACAUCUGAGCUCAUCCAUUAAUCUGAUGGCAUCUCUGUGAAAGCAUGUUAAAGAAAGGACAAAAUGCUGCGUGGUAGAGAGGAGUGAGGAAGAAAGUGAGAGAAACAAUCCUCUGAACACCAAGGUCCGAGAAGAAGGAGAGGGAGGAAUUGCUUCCGGUGCUGGAGCAGGUAUUUCCCUGCAGCGCACAGAGGACCCCAUGCUGGUGCAGAUGGAGAUUUCCUGAAGAAACUGCAGUUCAUGGAGAGGAGGCAUGAAGGAGCAGCUUCAUGCUGAAGGACUGCAGCCUGUGGAGCAGACCUGUGGGAAACAGGAAAAGUGUGAGGAGGAGGAUGGAACGAUACAAAGGAGCUGUUACAGACUGAUUGCAACCCCCUCUUGCCUGUGCUGCUUCAGGUUGGGGGAAGUAGAGCAGUUGGGCAUUGAAGGUGUGAAGUUGAGUCAGGGGAAAGAGAGGAACAUGAGGGGAAUGUGCUGGUUUAAUUUGUAUUUGUUUCUCACUAAUUUUAUCUAUUUUAAUUGGCAAUAAAAUAAUUUUCCUCACAU